CCUAUCUCUCCUUGUCCUUGUGCUUCUCCCUCUUCGCGGUCCCCGCCUUCAUGUCCACAAUCAGUCUCACACUCCUGGCCACUGCGAGGGGAUGAGAUGAUGCUGCAUGAUGAGGCCACUGUCAGGGACUAUGCGAUCAAAGACCCAGGAGAAGCCCGAUCUCGAAUUCAAAUGCAAGGCAAGUCGGACGACGAUGCUCGGUCAGUCCUCGCUUGGGAAAUCCUGGCAGAUAUGGCACCAACUCUAUUCAACUUCUGGCCCACGUCUCCAAACGGUGCUGGGACGCUGGGUCUUCUCGUACGUCAGGAAGCGGAGCGUCCGAUUCCUCAGACUGGGGACAGGACAAGCGAGGCGACAGAGGUUAGUGACGGCUGUAAGAGGACUGAGAGCCUGAGAGUCCGCUGUCGACGUUCGAAGACUAGGCUUUGGGCCGGGUGUAAGCCGAAGUUCAGGGGUCGAAGUCUUAGCAGCAACAGGAUAACGAGGAGGAGGAGGAGAAGGAGCAGCAGCAGCAGCAGCGCUCUCGCCCGAACCCUGUUGCUAUCGCUCCCUCGGCUCGACCCCAGACGGAACCUUGACUGUGCUUCGGAAGGAGCAAGUGGCGGAGUGGCGGGGCUCUGGAGACCCUGCAGCAGACGCAGCCGUGAGUCCAGCCUUUACCAGGCUCCUCAGCGCCCCUGGCCCCGGAAGUCCGUGUGGUCAGCAGAUGACGAAAGACUCCAAGACGAUGGUCGCACCACGGCACAGCAGACUGGAGCACUUGCCGAUGGAUUUUGGAUAUCCGUCGCAAUCAAUCAGACAGCAUCAGACAGAGGGGGUGCCGCCCACUUGGAAUCCACAGCGGCACGCCUCGAAGAGGAGGAGCACCACUUCAAGCGGCGCUUCGCAAGAGAAAAAUGCGGAGGCGGAGGAUGUGAUAAUCGCUCAAUUCCUCCUGGCGAGGUGAAGCUCUUUCCGCUCGCCAAGCAGACGCACCGGAUGCACACCCUGCCGCCGCCAUCCGUCACCGGCGACGAGUGUAAGAAGUCAGGGAUUGCUGCAUCCAUGAGUAGGUGUUUGGACGUAGUGGCAACUCGCGCCAGCAGCAGCAGCAGCGGUGGGUGCACCAGAGUCUGCAAUCUUGAGCCAUGGGAAGGGAGUCAGUCCUUUGAGUCGCGGCUCAGACGCCAAAGUGGAUCAGGUGCACCAACGGGAAAAAUCGUCUGGGAAACGGACUUUCAAACGCACGGCCGUGGGCAGCAGCGGGGAAGCAAGAGUGACCUUCAUUCGAUGCACGCCUGCAGCAACAGCAUCUCGACCAAGGCGGAAAGGUACCUCCGCCCAACUCCAUCCACGCCUCGGCCACUGCUAACCCCCCAGGCGGCACCAUCGCUUUUCCCAUCGUCGCCUACGACGUCUUCGGAUACCACUCUCCUUGCUCCAACAUCACCCGCCUCCUCCUCGUCGUCGUCAUCGUCAUCCUCUCCGCCUUCUUCUCUUGCAUCCAGUCGAGCAUCGCAAGUUUGUUCUGACGCCUGCCUUUCCGCUGACGCUAAUCCACCUGCCGAGAACGGCAGCCUACCCGCCGCCGGUUACCAAAGUCCCCUCACCUCCCACACCUCUUGGCACUUUCUGGAGGCGCCCAGGCUUCCCCCUCGACACGAUCACUUACGCGAGGCUCCAAGCUGCCAUCCACUUCCUCUGUGUUGCUCUCUCCAACAUCAAAUCCUUUACUUCCGAAUCUGUCCGGCUUUCCCUUUGCGCCAAAGGCACCCGUGUCACCUUCACAAGCUACACCGCCUAUUCGCACUCCCACGCUCCCCACACACUCUCUCCAGCCGAACGGGAUUACCCAACUGCCCUGCAGAGAAAGAAGCAUUGCUUUCUCACAGUCCCACUUGGAACACAUCAUCAUCACCAGUCUCGAACAUCCCAUCACCCUGCACCAGCCAGUGGUGUGGCGAUUCGAGUAACCUAGUGCUCCCUGCACCUUAUCGCCCUGCUACUGGUCACACCCAAAGGGCCUCGCCGUCUUGCACGGCCACCUCGCUCGGCAUGGACGACCAAGAUGACUCGCACGAUCAUCAUCUUGUUGCCCCUUCUCGUUCAUCCUCUCAAUCUCGAGGCUCAUCUCCCGUGACCAUCAGAGGGUCAGAUCAUCCGCGGUCUUCACCCACGGAAAGCGGUGAUCUCCCUCACCACUCGUCGGAAGACAUCUUCCUGACCCCGAGAGCGCAAUCCCCCUUUUUCCCUACGAGUCUCAGUGGACUUCCUGGGCAGCAACAGCAGCAGCAGCAUACACUCGAUCAGCAUCAGCAGCAUACGACUGAAAGUCCUCCACCUCCUCCAUCUGGCCCUCACACUCCACCCCCUGCGAGAGAAGUCCUUGCCCAGCAGGCUUCUCCAAUGCAGGCAUCCGCCAGCACCACGGGCCCCCUUCUCACCACUCCGUCUCCAUCUAGAGGCUCGUUGAAUUAUACCAGAAAAAAGCUUGGUGGCGGUCGGCGCAGCAGCACUCGUAUCUACAGCGACGCACUGGAGGAAGCACCGGUCACCUCCAAUGCCGACUCGACGCCGCCGGCCUCCAUACCAGUCAGGCUAGCGUCUGUACCCAUGGCCUCUCCAGAGGUGGCGGCAUCCCCCACUGCGCCUCCCCUGCUGGAAGCAGCUGCAUGGACAGACCAGCUACGGAAGAGUCUGAUAGCAGAAGGACUCCCAGAGACGGCCAUGACAGCCGAGCAGGAUCUUCGGCAGGAGCUUCGAACCCUUGUAGUCCCGACGAGAUCUAGCAGUAGCCAUGGCGAUUUGGCAAGUGAAUUUAGGGAGCCUUUGCUAGCCUCCUCUCCCUCUACUGCUGCUGCAGCAGGAGUGGAGAUGUCGUCGAGCAUAUCUGCGUCGCACGUCAGUGACAUUUCACGGACGCCCUCCACUUCUACAGCUGGCUCUACUGGCUCGAUGGCAAAGAGCCACGCCUCGACAGAAACCGCGCCUUCCUCCGUCCUCAGCGAUGACGAUUCUGAUACAGCAGAGGGCGCUGAUGCAACUGAGCGCAAUCACAGUAAUAGCAGUAGCGCUAGUAAGGCGACGGUAGGAGCUUUGGCCGACUCGACGACAUUGAUCGCAGACGAGAAGUACGUUCAGUCCAAGCUGCGGAGGUAUCACGCCCUCGUUGAGCUAGUCGAGACGGAGCGGUCGUACACAAAUGAUCUUGCGAUACUAGUGCUCGUCUAUCUGGAAGCUCUGCCGUCUCAGCCCUUCUUCGAGGAUCACCCAGCUCGCAUAGAUACUGUGGUUCGCAAUACUCCGGAGCUGCUGGCCGUGCACAGCGAAAUUGUAGCCCAGCUGGAAAGCAUCUUGGAGAGGGAAGGCAUAGCUGUCCAAGAUCCAGGAAGCGACACAGACAAGGCAUUGAGCAAAGGUGUGGACAAUGCAAUCGUCGCUGUCGGCGACAUCUUUGCUACCAUCGACCAGCAAUUACUGCCCUACCACGACUUCUGCGCUCGUCAUGCUGAGGCUUUGUCUGUCAUCAGAGAGGCAGAGAAGAGGCACAAUGGUGAGGACUUUGCGCAAUUCGAAAGGAUGUGCUCCAAUGUGACGAGAAGUCGGCCAGGAUCGCUGUCUUCAAAGAACUCUUCGACGACAGAAGUACACAGGUUGUCGAGAGCUCCCUCUUUCACCACAAUGACACCGACUGGCCCGGGUCUAAGAGGACAGUCAUCCCUGUCUACGAUUACGCCCAUCACUUCGGUUUCGCCUGCUACUUCAGAGACUGGCAGCGUACCACCUACUCCUGUACUCCCAGACUUCCCGACCUCUCGUCAAGGCGGGCGGCUCAAUUUCCAGGAUCUGCUCAUCAAGCCCGUACAGCGGCUUUGCCUCUACCCACUCGUCCUCCACACCCUUCUCAAGCAUACCGGACCCGACGACGCAGGAAAGGAGGAGCUUGAAGCUGCAUUGGCGACGGUGAGACGAGUCGCUGAUGAGGUUGAUGAGGCAGGAAAGCGUCGAGAACACUUCCUGCUGGCUGAGCUCGUUGCCUCAAGGGUGGAAGCGAAAGGUCAAGUUACUCGCAAUCUUCUAUCCAGCUAUGGCAGAGUCUACCUCUCCGGAACACUCGACGUGCUCUACCACCAUUCUACGUACGCAACGCUAGUGGCGCCGCUGCGCUUCCGCUUCCUGGGCUUGUUUCUGUACCACGGAUGGUUGCUUAUCACAAAAGUGAUGAAGUCGGGCUCUUACGAGCCGCGUUAUUGGUUCCCUCUCUACAGUGCUCAGUUGAGCUCGGUGGAAGAGGAGGAAGGAGUGUUGCCGCACGCAUUUCGUCUCACUGUUGGUGAAGAGCACCACUUUGAGUUGGCGGCUUCGAGCUCUCGUGAAAGGGCCUUGUGGGUCGAUGCUCUCUCGACGGCGAUUUCCACUGCCCCAAGCGUCCCCGAGUCGAGCUCAUCGUCGCCUUCAAGCUUCCCGAGCAACUUCCCUUCGAACCUGUACAAUCCUGGCCUAGGCUUCGACGCUCCGGGAUCACCAGGCUCGGGGCGCGUAGUCGAGGUUGCUUCACGGCCGCAAGUAGCUUCUGUGCUUGGGGCAAGCGAUGGAAAAUCCGGCAACGAGGACCCGCUCAAUAACUUUCUCGUGCGUCACAUCUCGAGUCCUGGCUCCUCCGAUGUCAUCGUCCGCUAUGCAUCUCUCGCUCAGCGUGCUGUGGUCGACAAGGGAAUGGUCUUUUCCGACAGUGUGCUGGCUGCACGAGCCAUAACGCACAAAGAUGGCACCUUCACGCCAGGUGGAUCGCUUACCCGGACUGGGCCGCAGCCAACUCAGGUUUCCAGUCCGACUACUGCGCCAGUUCUUGCAUCGUGGCAAGCGGCUACCAGCACUCCACAAUCCUCACUCGGAGCCGCCGUCGGUGCCGCUAUGGGCUUGGCUCGUGCUGCAAAGCGUUCGUCGACCAAGAGCUCUACGAACGUUUUUGAAGCUGCAGCUCAGCAGUAUCUGGCACAGGAGGAGACGAGAAUGGCAGAAGAGUCGAAGACGGGAGCUAGAGAUGGCUCUAGGACACCUGGCGAAGAUGGUCUACCGAUGCAGCGCUCGAUGUUAGGAGACGCGGCCGCAUCACCGAUCAAGCUGGGUCAUCGCCGCAAGAGGUCCAGCUUCGGCGGCCGAAACGGGCUUAGACCCAUGUCGACCAUCUUCCCGGACUUUGAGCUUGCGGUGCGUACAUCUGAUACCGCUGCUUCGCCCUCUAUGGAGGGAGGCCUGCUGCUCGGAUCGCCCAUCACUUCCACUGCUUCGCCUCUGGAAGAAUCUGCUCUACUGCCUGCCUCACCGACUUCAUUGGAACCGCCUGCACCUCAGAGUGGCUUUGCCAGGAAGCGACCAGGGAGCGUAUAUGGUUCUUCCCUUCGCGAUGCCUUCUCACGAAAAAGUCGAUCUCACAGCGUAGACCUUAGCACAGCGGCUGCGUCCCAGACCACCUUACCGCAAUCACCAAGUCGCCCAGAAUUCCUGCCAUUGUCGGCGCAAUCGUCUCCAAGCCGAGCUGACCAGCAAGGGCAGCCUGCUGGUCAGAUGACUAGGAAUUCUUCGAUCAGAAGAGCCUUCACAAAUGCUACUUCAGGCUCCAGGAGGGAGAGGGCAUCGAGUGCGGGAGCAGAAGCACUCCUUGCGCCCGCGAUUGGGGUGACUCCUGCAUCCUCCCCUGGUAAACAGGAUCAAGUCGCGAGAGCUCCAACGCUGCCCCUCGAUGUGGCCUCCUUGGGCGCUGUAACGCCUGGCAAGCGACGCACCAGUGGCAACUUUGGCUCUACUCUGGGUAUCAUGGGCCCGCCCUUUGGCAACAUUAGAAGAUCCUUUGCCGGGUUCAGAAACGGCGGCAGUCGAGACAGCAGCCGGAGGAGUAGUAUCGCGGACACGUCUAGCGAUGCGAGUGGUAGUAUUAGCAGUGCUAGCGGGGUGCCGGGUCUGCUGUCCAGCCUAGGCGAUCAAGCUGAGCAGACUUCGCCAGCUCGGGGAUCUCUGACGGUAGCGGAUGGUACAACUGGGCCUAUGUCGAAUGGAGAUUCGCGGUCGUCUUUGGCGCCGUCGGAGAAUGACGCUAUCCUCUCCUCACUCGAGCGACUGCAGCGCUCGCAGACGCAAGCGAACCCUCCCGUUGACCGACCCACGGCAAUGCCUCGCACACGAUCAACGCCUCUGCACAAGAAGACGUCGUUGUCCAGCCUGCGAAGGCGAGGGUCCUCGAGGGAUCCAUCUACGACGCCUACCAAUUCGCGCGAUCCCACCACAGCUUUGGCUUCUUACCAGGCUUCGGGCAACGUCUUCUCCAACGGCGGCAAUUCAUCAGGAUCUUCCUCGUCAGCCUCUUCUUCGUCUGGAUCGGGUUCAUCCCUCGCGAGGUCUUUGAGUAAGAGGCUCUUUGCCAGCUCCUCGAAACUCUCUGGCACCUACAGCAUGAGCAAAGGCGCCAGUAUAUCUGUCCCAGGGGGAGAUUCGCCAGGAAAACCCGAGGUUCCGCCGGCCCUCGCUGAGGAAGAGGGUGAGAUAGCCACGCCGGACAGCGCUUGGUCUUUCCGUACUGCCAAUGCUAGCCAACCUGGCCCACGUCCUGCUGCCACGGACGUCUCUCCCAACACUACGCCCAUGAACGAAUGAGCGGACCGCGCUUGCCUCCUGAGCUCUCUACUGCAAAACGUCAGCGAUGCCUUCUCUCCGCGCACGCUGUUUCAAGCAUCAACCAUCUUUGCAUCUCCUCUCGAAGAUCAUGGCAAGACUCGCCCUGAUCUCACCACCCAACACAGUUUCCUAUAUUCUCCCUUGCCCUGCCGCAGACAAAGUCGUCCUUGCGUGCGUGGGCUACUCCCGACUUGCUCGACCGCCAGCUCUCCGUCUAGUAUCAUGUCUCAUCUGUCCGCCUCACGCUUCGUCUCAUCUCUCUCUCCCGGAUUCAGUCUCAUUUCCCGUUGCAUUCCAUCCUGAUAUCCAGUGCCAUCGCAUGCCAUAAUUCAUAGUCCCUUGUACGUGUACAUCUGUCUCACGGUGUGAGUGUGUGCUUGUGAGAGGAUGACUGAUGACACAGGGUACGGAUGAUUGGUCGAUGGUGGGCAGGCGUGGGUGGGCAGG